AUGUGGACGAUUGUUGCCAUCGUCACCAUGGGCUGCUCUUGCCUGGCAACGGGCACGACGACCUUAAGCCUGCGGCGGUCCUGGGACGUGCACGUCUCGAGCGUCCGGUGGCUCUUUUCCGUCUUCUUCGCCUGCUACUUUGCCUUUACGCUCAGCCGCGUGGUCUAUAUGAUCGUCGGCGUCGCACGGCCGUGGGAGUCCACGACGACCGACGUGUCGAUGCACCUGCUCACGACGCGAUACAGUACGCUCGGCGUCUUUUCUGUCCUGCACUUCAAAGUCUCACAUAACGCCGUCGUCACGUCACUGCUCGUUAUGGGCGACUCGGCGCUCUUUGCCGUGACGCUGUGGACGUUCCCGCUCGUGUACGAGCUCGAGCUCAUUGCUGCGCGGUCGAUGGAUCGCGGCGCGUCGAAAGAAGCCGAGCAGAUCCAGUGGUACCAGUGGCGCGUCUGGUUCCUCGUCGCAGCGUUCGUAGCGGUCGAAACAGUGCUCGCAGCCGUGCGAGGCGGCUACACCACGUUCACGCAGCGCUGCUUGCUCGCCGUGUACUGUACGCAGUUUGUGAGCUUCUUGUACAUGCUGCUGUGCAUCGCGCGGCUCAAUUGGCGCGGCCGCAAGUACGAGAACGUCCAGGGCCAAUUUGUCACGUCGCCCAUCUACCAGCGCCUCAUGCGGAUCAUGGCCAUCUACGCCAUCUUUACGCUGCAGUUCCAAGCAGCUUCGGCCGUGCUGUACGCCAUGCCGGACCAGGAGUUCAAGUUGGUCAACUUGAUGAGCGUCAGCGCGCUCGUGUACUGCGUCUCGGGCGCCGCGCUGGCCGUCACGACCAUGUGCAGCCAGUCGUGUCUGCUCCGGCUCUGUCGGUGCUGCCUGCCCGACGACGUCGAGGCGCAGGUCGAAGCGCGACUGCUGCAGUCGGGCGAGCUGCUGUCGCCGCAAGAGACGCUCGUGGCCGUCGAGUCGAUAGAGCCGCCGCUCGUGAACCCCGUGUUUGUGUUCACGGACAUCCAGCAGUCGAGCGCGCUCUGGGGCGUCCGCGACGGCCUCGUGAUGCAGCAGGCCACGGAGAUCCACGACGACCUCUUGCGGUCGCUGCUGCGGAAGUACAGAGGCUACGAGAUCACGACGGCCGGCGACGCCUUUCAACUCGCGUUCCACACGGUGCGCGAAGCGGUCGAGUACUGUCUCGACGUGCAGGUGCAGCUCCUCGACGCCCCGUGGCCCAAGGAGCUGCACGGGCUGUUGGCGGCCACGAAGAAGCUCCGUGCAGGUCACCACGUGAUCUUCUGCGGCCUGCGGGUCCGCAUGGGCAUUCACGACGCCGUGGACGUCGACGGGCCACUGGUGCUCGACGUGCACGCCGUGACGGGGAAGAUGACGUACACGGGCGCGUCCGUCGUGAUCGCCAACGAACUCGGGGACUUGGGCGACGGCGGGCAGGUGCUCGUGACCAAACGCAUUGCCGAGUGGCUCUUUAUGUUUGCAGACCUCCUCGCAACGCCGUGUUCGGUGGACCGCAUGGGCGAGCACGCGAUCCCGCUGAUCAACGCGUUGGUUGAGGUGUUUCAGGUCGUUCCCACGGAGCUCGCGAAGCGCAAGUCGGUGCUUUCGACAACGCUUCCACAGCGUACAGUUGCAGUUGCAGUUGCUGCACAUGCGGUUAGUGAGGGUACUGGUGGUGCGACUGUGUCUGGAUUGAGCACUGCCGCAGCGGCCCGUCGACGCGAGUUACAUGCGUCGCGUGAACGUCGACGGCAAGUGGAACAGGGGGUGUUGAUGGACCGCCAUGCGUCGCAGUACGCAUUGCCAGGCACGGAUGGGGCGGUGCACGGAGCGAGUAUACCAUGUCACGACGACCAAUGUGACGAAUGA